ACAGAGAAAUUUAGGUUGGAAGGGACCUCUGGUGGUCAUCUGGUCCAACCACCAGCUCAAAACAUGUUCAACUAGAUCAGGUGCAAGAUGUCUGCUCUGAGUCUAGUUUCUAACAGAACCUCUCAGCAGGCCUUGUCUAACUCUGAUUACACCUGGGAAUAUGAGUACUACGAGUACGGACCAGUGUCGUUUGAAGGCCUGAAGGCUCAUAAAUAUUCCAUUGUGAUUGGAUUUUGGGUUGGUCUUGCCGUUUUUGUCAUCUUCAUGUUUUUUGUCCUGACGCUACUGACAAAGACAGGAGCACCACAUCAAGACAAUGCAGAACCUUCUGGAAAAAGAUUUCGGAUGAAUAGCUUUGUGGCAGAUUUUGGAAGACCUCUGGAGUCGGAGAGGGUCUUUUCUCGUCAAAUAGCUGAAGAAUCCCAGUCACUUUUCCAUUUCUGUAUUAAUGAAGUGGAACGUUUGGACAAAGCAAAACAAACUCAGAGAGGUUCUGGUCUAGAGAGUAAUACCCACUUCCAGGAAGUUCCCAAGAGCAGUGAAGUGUUUGAGGAGGACCAAAAUUGUCUUACAAAAUUUAACAUUCCUAACUUUGUGAACACUGAGCAGAAUUCUUCACUAGGUGAGGAUGAUCUCCUCAUCUCAGAGCCACCAAUCAUUUUAGAAAGCAAAUCGGUCAUACAGUCUUCCCAUGGGAUCCUUGACUGAAAAAAUCUUUUACUUAAGGUAAACAUUCUCAUUAUUGUCCAGUUUAAAGCCUUUCUUGACCUUCUGGUAUUUUGACAGAAGGUAUUUCAGACCUGUGCUUUCUGUUGUAUGUAAGACUGUGCUGCAAGAA